AAAUUUUACAAAGAGGUGCAUGGCGGCAACUAAGCGACUUUGCUUAAGUGCCUACCUCACCGUAGUACUGUAUGCUACAUCUUCGCAGUCUGAGCUAUGCGCUUUCAAUAUUCCGACGUAUUUCUAUUCCUUUCCAUCCUCUUGUGCAUUGUCUCCACUGCUCUAUUGUUUACCUUGGUUGAAUAUGCAUGGGUCGUAUCCGAAUUCUUUGCUAGUCCGAUUCCACCUCGAACAUCGCUUUUGCUGUCUAGCGAUAUGUUAGAUUAUACUUUCAUCGGAGAUGAUUUCCCAUAUGCUCUCCCGGUUGCUCAGAAUCUCUCUACUGUUAUCCUGCAAGUGGAGGAGAGUGUGCAUUUCUCCCUAAACCAUCCUAAUUCUCAUGCAGAAUGGCAAUCGAUUCUUCCAACAUCUCUCGGUACCGUCGUCUUAGGACCCUCCAAUCGAACCUUUGCAGUACCCAUGUUCCAUGAGCUACAUUGCACGGUCCUCCUCUUCGAGUCAUUUGCCCCAGACGCUGAAAAGCCCCACUGGGGUCAUCUUAAACACUGUAUGAAUUACAUUAGGCAGUGGGCAUUGUGCCGCGCGGAUUUGACGUUGGAGCCAGGGAGUUUCGAGCAACGGGAUUUUCUCAGGGAGCGAGUAGGGGCGAUGCACGUCUGCCAAGAUUGGGAUGAGGUAUACACUUAUGCGGCGACCAAUUGGAAUAAGUGGGUCCGGGAUUGGAUAACUCUACAUGGCAUCAGUGCUGUUGCUGUAGCCGGAUCCCACUGAGGGCCCAUCUACUACUAGGUUGUUCAUACUUGAAAAUUGUGACGUAUGCAGUACAUAUUCUAUUGAAAGCCUCGGCCGAUAUAAGUAU